AUGGCCAUCUGUCUUACAUUCGGGACCCAAGAUAUAUCUAUCCGCUCUGCUCGCUCUUAUACACGGAAGGGACCAAAAGAAAGAAAGACGGAAAACUGUGAAAAAAUGAGCAGCACCGUGCUGACAUAUUCUCCCAGAAUUUACGUCCCGCCUGAAGGGAUGAGGAAAUGGCGGUGGGACGACGAGGUACAAAUCAAGUGUUGCGUUUCUAACUUCGUUAUUUGUUCUGUGCAGGCGGAAAUUGGUCCGCGCAUUGCGCCACAAGAUGGAUCUAAGACCAUCCUACUUCUCAAUAUCUUUCUGCAUGACAACACUAAUAUGCUUUUACACAGCAAUCGACCAGAUGUCCAAUCGCAAGCCGGUGGAGGCCCACCGGCUCAACCACUAGGACCAUACCAAGGGCCCCCUGGAUGGGGACCCCAAGGCCCAGGAGCCCCGGGAGGGCCAGGAGCACCAGGACAACCGCAGCCGGGUUACUGGUAUAAGUAA